UGAAAAAAAGUGCCAAAGGGAAACUUCUUGAUUGUUUUAAUAAUAGAAGAAGAGAGUAUAAAAAGGCAGGUAUUAUUGCUGCUAGACGCUCCCCUUCUGUUGGACAUAUAUCCGAAUCGAUUUCAUUAUUAAGCCAAACUGAAACUGACACAGCAGGUAAUGUUAUGAGUUUUAACAUUCUAAUGGUCAUUUAUUACUUAAACCAUAUAAUUACCUUUGUUCAUUUUCAAAUUACAGGUAAUGAAAAUGUUGACGAUGAAAUAAAGUGGCUGGAUAAUUCUUCUGACCCAUGGAACCUUGUGGAAAAUUACUGGACCAUCACCAGAAAAGAACGUUUUAAGAAUGUGUUUAAUUCAAAUUCUAAAGAGCUUUUACAUUCGCAGUACAUGAAAAACUUUCCUGCAUUGAAAAAACCGAAUGGUUUUAACCUUUUGAUUAAUGACUUCGACUUUCUAUAUCCUAAAAAGAAAGAAAAUCUUUUGGAACAUUUUCCUAUAUAUAAAGAAAAAAUAUUAAACUUGGGCAAAAAAAUAUCAGAUAAUCUCAAAGAUUCUACAUUGAAGUGUAUUUUAAAUGAAUAUCUAGAUCUGAAAUCAGAAGGUGAAGAAACUUCAUCAUUGGCAGCCUUCCUUGUUCUACCAUUUCUCUUUUUCCCAAUAACAACCAAGAGGAAAAAGGGACAACCUGCCUGUAGACCUUCAAAAGUUGAAGUCAGAGAUAGUUUUAUCACUCAUUUAAGGUCGCAUUCUGAAGUUAAGGAAACUAUUACAAGGCGUAAAGAGAAGUAUGCUCGUUUGGGAAUCACUUUGCAACCACUAGUAAUAAUAGUAGGACCUGAUAUUAAUUCAAUUUCACAGUAUUUUGUUUUUGUUGAUGAAACAUAUUAUGUUUUAAAUUCGAUUGUUUAUGCAGUUGAUUGUUGUUUUAAGGUUAUACACGCUUUAAAUUUUCAGUAUCCUAUAGAAUGUUUACCCAUAUGGACUUUUAUCCAAAGAGGAUUCUAUAAAAUGAAAACAUCUUGGGAUACGGAAUAUGUCUCUGUAAAUUCUCUUCUUAGUGAUUUAGAUAUAAAUGAAAUUUCAUAA